CGACUGGCCAAUGAAAUACCGAAGAGUGGCUAGGGGCGGGAAGUCAGUGGCUGCCUGAAUCAAUGGGGUAGAAAGCGAGCGAACGGUAGAGGCGGAGCUGGUGGCCGAUAGCAGGGCGGCGAGUGAACGCGCGGGCGGGUGGUGGCUCUUUCUGGAGGGGCACGUGACAAGAGCCAGUGGGACUGCCCGGAGUGCUGAGGCGGGUGGGGAGUACGGCGAGACCAUGAGACUAAACUGGUUGCUGUGUGCAGCAUUGCUGUUAGUUGGAACCUCCAGUAUCCAGGCACAUGAAGAUGAAUUUGACCAUGGUGACGAUGAUGAUGCAAUAGAUGUUGAAGAUGACCUUGAUGAUGGUGUUGAGGAGUUAGAGGACCUGAAACAUGAACCCAGUACUCCUCCUCCGCCCCCAAAGGUAACCUACAAGGCCCCAGUCCCAACAGGAGAAGUUUAUUUUGCUGAGAACUUUGAUAAAGGAACUUUUGCAGGGUGGGUUCUUUCCAAAGCUAAGAAGGAAGACACAGAUGAUGAAAUUGCCAAAUAUGAUGGCAAAUGGGAAAUACAGGAGAUGAAAGAAACAAAACUUCCAGGGGACAAAGGGCUUGUGCUGUUGUCCCGGGCUAAACAUCAUGCAAUCUCUGCCAAACUUACCAAGACAUUUGUCUUUGAUACCAAACCCCUCAUUGUGCAGUAUGAAGUAAACUUCCAAAAUGGGAUUGAAUGUGGUGGUGCAUAUGUGAAGCUGCUUUCCAAAUCUUCUGAACUGAACCUGGAUCAGUUCCAUGACAAAACUUCCUAUACAAUAAUGUUUGGCCCUGAUAAAUGUGGGGAAGACUACAAAUUGCACUUCAUCUUUCGGCACAAGAGCCCAAAGACUGGCAAAUAUGAGGAGAAGCAUGCAAAGCGUCCUGAUGCAGACCUGAAGAACUACUUUACAGAUAAAAAGACUCAUCUUUAUACAUUGAUUUUGAACCCAGACAACAGCUUUGAAAUCCUCAUUGAUCAAAAUGUUGUAAAUAGUGGGAAUCUUCUGUCUGAUAUGACUCCUCCUGUGAAUCCUCCACAAGAGAUAGAGGAUCCAAAUGAUCAAAAGCCAGAGGAUUGGGAUGAGAGAGCCAAGAUUCCUGAUCCAGAUGCUGUUAAACCAGAUGAUUGGGAUGAGGAUGCUCCUGCUAAGAUUCCAGAUGAGGAUGCUGUGAAGCCAGAAGGUUGGUUAGAUGAUGAGCCAGAAUACAUUGCUGACCCUGAUGCAGAGAAACCAGAAGAUUGGGAUGAGGAUAUGGAUGGAGAGUGGGAGGCACCUCAGAUUGCAAAUCCGAAAUGUGAGUCAGCCCCUGGUUGUGGUGUCUGGCAGCGGCCCAUGAUCGACAAUCCCAGCUAUAAAGGCAAAUGGAAGCCUCCCAUGAUUGAUAACCCUAACUACCAGGGCAUCUGGAAGCCCAGGAAGAUUCCAAACCCAGAUUUCUUUGAAGAUUUGGAGCCUUUCAGAAUGACUCCUGUUAGUGCCUUGGGGCUUGAGUUAUGGUCUAUGACUUCUGACAUAUUCUUUGACAACUUCAUCAUCUGUGGAGAUCGGGCAGUGGCCGAUGACUGGGGAAAUGAUGGAUGGGGUCUAAAGAAGGCAGCUGAUGGUGCAGCUGAGCCUGGUGUUGUGGGUCAAAUGAUGGCAGCUGCUGAAGAGCGUCCCUGGCUUUGGGUGGUCUACAUCCUGACCGUGGCUCUGCCUGUGUUUCUUGUCAUCCUCUUCUGCUGCUCUGGAAAGAAACAACCAAGUGCUGCAGAGUACAAAAAGACUGAUGCCCCUCAGCCCGAUGUAAAUGAGGAAGAGAAGGUAGAAGAGAAAGACAAGGGAGAGGCAGAGGAAGAUGAGGAAGAAAUCAGCGAAGAAAAACCAGAAGUGAAGCAGAAGACUGAUGGUGAUGCAGGAACUGCAAGUCAGGAGGAGGAGGAAGAAGAGGAGGAGGAAGAAGAGGAGGAGGAGGAAGAAGAAGCAAGAAAACCAACUGUAGAGGAAGAUGAAACUGCAAAUAGAUCCCCCAGAAACAGAAAACCAAGAAGAGAUUGAAAUAUCCUAAGAACUUGAUCUGGUUAAUUUUCCCCAACAUGGUUUUGGGAGAGGACCUUGGAUACCUUUUGCUGAAACUCAGAAAAACCUCAAGACUUCACCAUCCACAGGUUCCUGUCAAAUACUCUUCAAUGUACAUGAGUGUUUAGCAGUAAAAUAUUCUCAGUUGUGUUUUUAAAUAGAGUAUUCCUGUAGAAAGAGAGUGCAUUUAACACAACCCCGCUAUGGAUUUCUGGAAUGUUACACAAACUAAUAUUUUUUCUUUUGUGUUUAAAUAAUUGUUUUGUUUUAAAUAGAAUGGUAGAUUUGCCAGUCUCAAACUUGGCUUUAAAUUAAUGUAUUAAUCUAUCAAUGAAAAUGAAUAUCACACCAUAGAAAAAUGCUAGCUGGUGUGCAGCUUUUAUAAUUUGUUUUUUUUUUUACAGAUGGACAUUCUUAUACAAUAUUUCUCUGGAUUUGAUCAUGUUAAAGCAAAGUUGUCAGUGCAAUGCAUUAACUUUUCAGAUUCAGUCAAAAGUAGAACGGGCAAUUAAAAUUCAUUAAAAGAAACAAUAUUAAGUGUUCAGAUAUUUUUCCUCCUUUUUCAUUGGAGAAAGAAAACCAUAGGCCAUGAACUAUCCAUGUUGGGGCAUGGGUACCAUCUACUUGAUAACAGUAUUUUCAUUUGGCCUGAUUUUGGGAGCAGGUUUUGAUUUAAGGUACUAAGACUGAGACUGGAUGUUCUUUUUUUUAGCCCUUAAACUCUUCUCAAAACGGAGUGUGUUUUCAUUGUGUUUGGGUUUUCUAUUUUUCUUUCUUGGUUUUGAAAUUCUGUCCUCUGGAUACUGCUUCUGCUGCUCUACAGUUCCUGCAGAAUGCAGCAUGGCUGCUACAGAACACGUAUGUUCAGCUCACUGUUAAGUCUGUUCAGGUUUUUUUUUUCUCAAAAAGUAGAAAUAUUUCUGGGGUCCAAAUGCUGUGGACAGGGCAGUGUUGCUAACUUUCUCAUUGUUGCCAUUGUAUGUACGCUAAUGACAGAGACAAGAUGAGCAAAGCAUAGGCAAGAUGAUCUAAGACUUGCACCCAAAAGCAGAUGUCAGUAUUUGUGGCUAAAGGAGGAGCAUGUAAAACAAAUUGUUGGAUAUAUGUAACAGUUUGAGUCUCCAUCUGCUCUUCGUGUAUCAAACUGUGUUGUGAAUUUAGGGGGUUCCAAUUCCAGCCGAAUAAAUUUUUUUAAAAAAAUG